GCAUCAACAACCAUGUAUUUUGUUCAAUUUGUAUCGAUUUGUGGUUGAAGAAUAAUAGCCAAUGUCCAGCCUGCAGAGUCCCCAUCACUCCCGAAAAUCCUUGCAAAGAGAUUAUUGCUUCUCUUCAUAUCCCUUCUCCUGCCUUCAUUCAUUCACAUUUAAGUGACGUUUCAUAAAUUCUCUCAAGUAAAAUAGUUCAUCCGUCCUUGCAUUUGGAUAGAACAUCCUGAAAAAGAACAUCUGUAAAUACCUUUGCUAUCAUUUUAAGAAGGUAACCACAGCGUAAGUGAAGACCUUUCAGGAAGAAUACAUUUUGAGCGUGUUUGUAAUGAGUUAUGGACAUGAACUUAAUGCUGUGAUUUACAGUCCAUCUCCAUCGUAACUGGGUUCAGUGAAAAGACACAUUGAUCGUUUCAAUUAUGUUACUAGUAACUAGGAUCGAAGUACAGAAAAGGCCUAGAUGGCAGCCCCAAGUGAAUAUAAGGGAAAAGGAGGAACAAGUGAAAGUGAACCUAUGCUAAGCCAUACAGUCAGGAAGCACCUCCGGAAAACUAGACUUGAAUUACUCCACAAAGAAUAUGAGGAUGAAAUAGAUUGUCUGCAGAAAGAGAUAGAAGAACUUAAGAGUAAAAAUCUUAGCUUGGAGUCACAGAUCAAGACUAUUCUGGAUCCUUUAACCUUGAUGCAAGGCAACCAAAAUGAAGAUAAACAUCCAGUCGCAGAUAAUCUAAGUAAAGUUGACCCAGAAACUGUAGCAGAGUGGAAGAAAAAACUUAGAACAGCUAAUGAAAUCUAUGAAAAAGUGAAAGAUGAUGUGGAUAAGUUAAAGGAGGCAAAUAAAAAAUUAAAAUUGGAAAAUGGUGGCCUGGUAAGGGAGAAUUUACGACUGAAAGCUGAAGUUGAUAACAGAUCACCCCAGAAGUUUGGAAGGUUUACCGUAGCUGCUCUUCAGUCCAAAGUAGAGCAGUAUGAACGUGAAACCAAUCGCCUCAAGAAAGCCCUGGAACGAAGUGAUAAGUAUAUAGAGGAAUUAGAAUCUCAAAUUACACAGCUAAAAAAUUCAAGUGAUGAGAAGGAAGCUCGGAAUUCCAUUUGCCAGAGAGCACUUUCUACAGAUGGCAAGGGGAACACAGGCAGCGAGGAGGACAUGGCGUCCAAGAAUCAAGGUGAUGGUGCCAGGAAGCAGCUUGGCUCAUCCACCUCGAGUUCUCACCUGGCAAAACCUUCUAGCAGUUCUGCCAGGCAGGAAAGCACCAACAAAACAGAACCCAGUUGUUGUAAAAACAAAGACCUAUAUCAGAAACGGGCGGAAAUAAUGUUAGAUGUGACCGAUACAAGUAUGGAUACUUAUUUGGAAAGAGAGUGGGGCGGGAAGCCGAGCGAUUGUGUAGCCUACAAAGAUGAAGAGCUCUAUGAUCUUCCAGCCCCCUGCACUCCUUUGUCCCUUAGCUGCCUUCAGCUCAGUACGCCAGAAAAUAGAGAGAGCUCUGUGGUCAAAGCAGGUGUUUCCAAAAAGCACCCAAACCAUCUCAGAAAAUUGGUGUUUGAUGAUUUUUGUGAUUCUCCUGGUGUUUCUAAUAAAGAUUCUUCAGAAGAUGAUAGAAGUGAAAGUGAAAAGAAAUCAGAAUGUUUUACUUCCCCAAAGACAGGGUUUUGGGAUUGUUGUUCCACAAGCUACACCCCCAGCUUGGAUUUUGAAAGCUCAGAGGGGAACACCAUAGCAAAUUCUGUUGGAGAAAUUUCUUCAAAAUUGAGUGAGAAAUCAGGCUCGUGUUUAUCCAAGAGGUUGAAUUCUAUCCGCUCUUUUGAAAUGAAUCGGACAAGAACAUCCAGCGAAGCAUCAAUGGACGCGGCUUACCUUGACAAAAUCUCGGAGUUGGAUUCGAUGAUGUCAGAGUCCGACAACAGCAAGAGCCCUUGUAAUAAUGGUUUUAAGUCACUGGACUUGGAUGGGUUAUCAAAGUCAUCCCAAGGCAGUGAAUUCCUUGAGGAACCAGAUAAGUUGGAAGAAAGAACUAAGCCACAUCUUUCCAAAGGCUCUCUAACUACUGAUCAGUUAGAAAAUGGAAAUGAAUGGAAAUCCAACUCUUUUUUUCUCCUCUCUCCAUCUGACCAAGAAAUGAACGAAGAUUUUUCACUCCAUCCCAGUUCGAACCCAGGAACUAAUGAAAUCAAACCCCCGAGCUGUUUGUUUCAGACUGAGUUUUCCCAGGGUGUUUUGUUAAGCAGUUCACACCGUCUGUUUGAAGAUCAAAGGUUUGGGUCAUCUUUGUUCAAGAUGUCCUCAGAGAUGCAUGGUCUCCAGAACCACCUUCAGUCUCCUUGGUCUACUUCCACUUCCUUUGUGCCUGAAAAGAGGAAUAAAAAUAUGAAUCAGUCAACAAAAAGAAAAAUCCAGAGCAGCCUUUCCAAUGCCAGCCCAUCCAAAGCAACUAAAAGUUGACUCAGAAGAGAGGCAUCAUUUCUGUUUUUGUCUUGAGAGGAAGAUAAGAUUUUAAAGUUAACUUUUUUCCCCUCAAAAGGUCUAUAUGAUUUGGAAUUGAUUAUCUUUAGUCAGGUGUCAAGUCAGAAUGGUGUACCCAGGAUACUUUUGUCCAUUUUGAAGAGUUUAGUUAUUUUCAUUUUCAUUUGGGAUCAUUUUGACCAGAAAAGGUAGGGAGAAGGUUUCUUUUCUUUCUUUCUUUUUUUUUUUUUUUCUUUUUAGGGCCGCACUCG